UAUCUAUAUAUUUGCACCUUUAGCCCCUCUAAUUCCUAGUUCCUCUACCUCUCCACUCUUGUUCUCCUUGCCUUAAAAAUAAAAAUAAACAUAAUAAAAGGUUUCUUUUGUUCCACAGAAUUGAGAUAUUUCAAGUGCAAUGAAAGCCAGGCCUAUCUAAUUCUUUACUUGAUCUUCUGAUGGCACUUACUGCAAACAAAGUUUCAAACGGUCCUUUUGUGACUAACAGAAAAGCUCUUUGUAGAUCACAUGAAAAACAUUAUUUUUCCAUGUCAACAAAGAUCAACAGAAUACAGCCAUCAAGACAUGGACUGGAACAUGGAUAUCUGAACCAUAGAUGGCUCCACGCAGAGAGACCAACCUUACUCAAUGACCGGUUUUGCCCCAACAAUGGAAAACCAGUUAGUUUAAUCUCCAAGAAAUCUUCUAUCUCAUGCAAAUCAACAGGAGCAAAUAAUACCGAAGAGAAAGAAUGUGUUACCACUUAUGGUGACGUUUCUGAUUUAACUAGAAUACAUACCAAAGAUGAGAAAAAUGAUCACAUUCAUUCAGUUCAUGGCUUGGCUGAAGCUUGUAGAUUCGUUUGUAAUGAUGCAAAGUUUCUCUCACGUGGCAUAAUGAGGCUGGAUGCCCGUGCACGCCAAGAUGUUGCUUUUCUUGGAACAGAAAUUCUCAAACUUGAUGCUCGGGCAAGAGAGGAUACUGAGAAAAUUGACCGUGAUGUUAAGGAAAAAGCUAAGCGCCUUAAUCGCAUUGCUGCUAUCUUGAAGGAUAAAGCUCAGUCCAGAUUGAAAAGUGUUGCUGAUGAGCAUUGGAGUGACGGGGCCUUAGAGGCUGAUUUACGCCUUGCUGACUUCCGUGCUAAGCAACGUGCAAUGGAAGACGCCCUUAUGGCUUUGGAGUUCAUCAAAAACAUCCAUGACAUGAUGGUGAGCAAGACGUAUAACAUUCCUCUUCUCAGAUAUAAAGGCUCUCUUUCAGAAAAUAAUGUAAGAGGUCGUAUAACGCUUGAAAAGAAUGGAAAAACCACUAAUUUUUUUCCUGGGGAUGUGACCACAGAACGGAUUACUGCUCUUCAGGAAGCUUACUGGAGUAUGGCAUCAGCACUUUCUGAAGCAGAUGGAAUUGAUUACACUGAUCCUGAAGAGCUUGAGUUGUUGAUCACAACUCUUAUAGACCUUGAUGCAAUGGAUGGUAAACAAAGUGUAUCUUUGUUGGCAGAGUGUUCUAGUUCCCCUGAUGUCAGUACUCGACGAGCUGUAGCCAAUGCACUGGCCGCAGCACCAUCCAUGUGGACUCUUGGAAAUGCAGGGAUGGGAGCAUUACAGAGACUGGCAGAAGAUAGCAACCCAGCUAUUGCUAUUGCAGCAUCCAAAGCUAUUUAUGAACUGAAAAAACAAUGGGAAAUAAAGGAGGGGGAUAGCUGGAGGUUUAUGAUGGAUGAAAACACCAUGGAAGAAAAACAAAGUAAAGAAUCUGAUAAUGAAGAAGAUAUCAAAUGAGAAAUAUUUGAAACUUUUCACUGUACAGUAUAGAUGCCUCCCGAGGAUUCUAACUAGUAUAGGAUUAACCCACAUGAUAACUAGAAAGUGACUAUUGCUAGUGUGUAACAUGCCAUUAUGUUGGUUAUAUGCAUCUUAAAAUGCUUAGCUUUCCUCA